UCAAAUUUCACAAGUUGCCUUUUUUAGAAAUGUAAAACAUUUGGGCAAAUAUCUGUUGUGGAGGAGCUAGGACUGCAAGAACAGCCUGGAAUUAAAAACAGUGUCAUCAUUAGUUCUGUUAACAGUAAGGUUUGAAUUCUCAAAGCUUAUGUUUUUCUCUGAAUACAAGAUGUAAAAUAAUGAGUAGGAAGGUGCCUAUGAAUUUGUAUUCUAUUGAUGAGCUUCUCAGAGGCAUUUCUGAACAAAAUUAGAUCAGAUAAGCCUGUGAUUUGAUCCAGGACAAUUCUGGUUUCUUUGAAUCUGUCAAAAAGUGUGCUAUGAAGUAUGAGAUGUUCUUCAAUUUAAUCUUAAUUUUAAAGCAACAUUGAAACAAAUGCCAGUACUUAAUGUACCUAAUAGUAACUUUCAGCUCACCUAUUUUAUUACAUAUAUAGUAAUAAUUGUCUCCUGCUAUAAUGUGCAUAUCUGAUGUGCAUUUUAUAUGUGGAAAAUAGUUUGAGACAGUUGUUCAUCAGGGAUAUUCAACUAUCCUUCCCCCCCCCCCCACAUCUUGCAAACCUUGUGUAUCUCUUAUCAAAUUGAUAUACUCUUUGCUCUGAUCUUAUCUUUGUCAACAAUUGAAGUUACAUUCAUUCUUCUCUACCACCUCCUCCUCCUGGGAUAGAAUGGUAAAGAUGUCCCACUGAGUCUUCCUAGCUACAAGUAUACAAAGUGUUUGGAAAACACAUGUUCGACAUAGUUAAUCAUACAAGUAACGAGGCAUUAUUAGUAACCUUUCCUUCUGCUUAGGGAAACUGCCAAAACUAUGAUGCAGCCAAGUAGCCAAUGUAUCUUGCAUUACAGAGCCCAGGCAAUGGUGCCAAUCUUGGAAUGGAAGAGAGUGAGGAAAAGUGCCUUUUGUAUGAUGCUGUUGGAUUUUUCACUAUGAUUCAUCUGUAACGGGUCCUCAAACUUUUAACAGAGGACUGGUUCAUGGUCCCUCAGACUGUUGGGGGGCGGAUUAUAGUUUGGGGGGAAAAACGUGAAGGAAUUCCUAUGCACACUGCACAUCUCAUUUGUAGUGCAAAAAAAAUACAGUAUUUAAAAUGAACAAUUUUAACCACCAGUGUUUCAAUAGCAAGUAUAGGCCUGCUUUUGGCUGAUGAGAUAGUCAAGUUAAUGAGGAUUGUUGUUGUGUGUCUUCAAGUUGUUUAGAAUGACUCUUAACAACUAGGGCAGGGGCUGGAUAAAUAACCUUGGAGGGCUGCAUUCAGCCCACAGGCCUUAGUUUGGGGACCCUUGAUCUAGAAUCUGGAAUCUGCAGUUUGACACCACUGUAACUGCUAUGACUCAAUGUUAUGGAAUAAUGAAGAUUGCAAUUGUACAAGGUCUUUAGCCUUCUCAACCAAAGAUUUUUGGUGCUGCCACUAAACUGUAACUCCAAGGAACAUUGGCCAUGGUGACUGGAGAAUCCUGGGAGUUGUAGUCCAAAAAUUAUCAUUUCUGGGCUUUGUGCUGCUCAUGGAGCCUGUUCUGGCUCAUACCAGCUCAACCUUGCCUUUUCCAUCCAGGAGGGUUUCUUACUGGACAUGCCAAGUUAAUGUCUAACUGAAAGAGGAGUUAUGGCCCAAGAGGAGUUAUGGCUGGAAGGGCCAAAGGUGGAAGUUUAGAGGCACAUGGCCAGUGAAGGCUAUAAAGAAAGGAAGAGGAGGAGCUGGAAAGAAAGCCUGUUUCUUGUCUGUGUUCUGCACAGGAGAAGAGCAAAAAGGGAAAGGAAGCAACUGAGAGCAUGAACAAAGCUAGAAGGUCUUCUCAAAGCAUCCUUACCCAAGCUUAUGCAGAUCCCAGGUUGCCUUCAUGGCCUCUGAGUUGCUUCUUGGCUGUGCAGCAUCUCCUGGUCCAGGUGUCUUUCCUCUGUAUCAUAUACUUUCUCUUUAUCGCCAACUUACCACGUGAGAAAAUUAAUGGCAUUCCAAAUUGGGAUGAACUGCUAGCAUGCAACCUCUUUGCUUGUGGCAUUGCCACAGCCUUGCAGUGUGGACUAGGAUCCAGAUUGCCACUCAUUCAGGCUCCAUCCUUUGAGUUCCUUAUCCCUGCCAUGGCACUGAUUCAACAUGUGGUUCCCAGCCUCCAAUCAAAAGGAAACAGCACUGAGGCUACUGAGAUAUGCACUGGACCACAUUGUGAAAACUCGAGAAACUGGCAUUGGUUAUUCUGUGAGAUUUCUGGUGCUGUGCUGGUCUCAGCCUUGGUGCAGAUAGUGCUGGGGCUGUCAGGUGCUUGUGGAUGGAUUGUUAAUCGUUGUGGACCUAUGGUUCUGGCUCCGAGCCUUUCUGUCAUUGGACUUUCAGCAUACAGACCUGCUGCUCUUCUCUGCUCAGAGAACUGGGGAGUUGCAUUGCUGCUUGUGUUGCUGAGUAUUUUACUAUCCCAGCACCUGGCUUCCUGCCAAUUGCCCCUCUGCCAAAGGAUCCCAGCAAGAGGGUUCUCUGUAAGAUUGAGAGUCCCAGCCCUGCAUAUAUUUUCGAUAAUGCUGCCAUUCCUGGGGAUCUGGCUUGUCUAUGGGAUUCUGAGACCUGUUCCAACAUCAUGGGAGAUGCUACAUCUUUCCGCACACUACCUGACCUUCACCAACAGCACCUUGCUGUCCCCAUGGAUCAAGAUUCCUUAUCCAGGAGAGCAGGGCUGGCCAACACUUAGCACCCGUGCAGCGGGCGUUGGUGUUGCCAUGGGUAUCAUUGCAAGUGUGAACUCUGUCGGUUGCUAUGUGCUAUGUAGCAAAGUCCUAAGGCUUCCAGUCCCACCACAACAUGCAUGCAACAGAGGACUCUGUGCAGAGGGGCUCGGCAGUCUUCUGUCCGCUGUACUUGGGAGUGUUUCCGGUACUGGAUCUAGCAUGUCCAAUACUUGUGCUGCUCAUCUGACCAAGACUACUUCAUCUCGCUCAGUGUGGCUUGCUGCAUUGGCAUGUGUGCUCUUGGGCCUAUCUCCCAGGCUCAUGGGAUUGCUGACCACUAUUCCUCUGGGAAUUCAUGGAGGAGUGCUCUGUGUGACAUACAGUGUGGCUGUGGGCACUGGCAUCUCCUAUUUCCAAUACACAGACAUUGAGUCUGGCAGGAACAUCUUCAUUGUGGGCUUCACCAUGUUCAUGGGGCUGCUGGUUCCAAGGUGGCUCUUUGCUGCACCAGGGUCACUGCGCACAGGUUGUAUCCCCGUGGACCUCUUUCUCCUAUCACUAUUAAUGGACCCUGCCUUUAUAACUGGGUUCCUUUCCUUCUUCUUAGAGAACACAGUCUCAGGUACCCUGCAGGAACGUGGACUGCUCAACCACGUGUCCUCAUGCAAACCAGAGGCUGGAGAGAAUUUCCUGCCACAGAGUCAGAAGGGUUUUGCACAAGGAUAUGAGCUGCCUCUAGUUCUGCAACGAUGUCUAUCACACUCAUGGUGCAAAGGCUUUCCUUUGUGUUUUCUCUGUCCCCUGGAGAAGGAAAAGGGGGAGGUUGUGAACAGUUACCCACUGGAUGAACUGUACUGUUCUAAAGGGGAAACCACAGAUUUUCUACUGAGACAGGAAACAGUGAAGCUUGAGUCAGAACUGCACUUGGAAUUAGAGCAAGAGAGUGGCAUGAUGCAAGACAGUUCAGAAAACCAUAGAUGUGGCAAUCCAGCAACUCAUGAAAUGAGCCCCUUGUGCUGAUCUUCAAGAGCGUCCUUGCUCUGAAAGAAACAAUAUGUGAGGACUGUUGCUCAGUCUGUUAACUAAGUUUGGCCUUAUAGACAAUGAUGGAGAAAAAAAUUGAAGUCUGAUCCAAGGGGAAGGAAAUACUCCUUUAGAUUAGAUCAUGUGUCUAAAAAUGUCUAUCAGAAUUAUCUCUUGGGUUUCUUUCUCUUUUUUGCCUCUUCUGACAAGUUGGAUUCAGACUUCCCAGUUAAUUUCUCUGCAUGUGGAAAUGGAGCUAUGCCAGAGCAUGUGGUCUCAGUUCUGAAGGCAAAUGACUCAUUUGUACUAGGAUACAUUAGGGCAGAGCUUUCAAAACAUUUCAUGUUGGUGACACACCAGUUUUAUGCAUGGGUCAUUUCAUGACACAUUAAUUCAGGUUUACUAGCAAACUGGAAAUUAAAUCAGCCUUUUCUAAGAGAUAUGGACAUACACAUAAACCAUAGCAAUAAAAUGUAUGGGACACAACAUA